AUGGGGGACAUGUCCAACAGUGAUUUUUAUGCCAAGAACCAAAGAAAUGAGGGCAACCAUGCGGCAGGCUUCGGCUGCUCGGUCAUGGAGCUGCGCUCGUUGAUGGAGCUGCGUGGCACAGAGGCAGUGGUAAAGCUCCAAGAGGACUACGGGGGAGUAGAGGGACUGUGCAAACGACUGAACACCUCACCCACUGAAGCCAAUCUGCUAUAG